GCAAGAGCUCCGUGGCGAGCAACCUCUCCAGGCAGGGCACCAUGUCGCUGAGUCAGAGGCACUCCGUGCAGCUGCACACGAUCAACCUGAAGCAGCCGUUGGCAGCCUGGGCUGUUUGGGACCAGCUCGCCGACGAGAGCGACGACGAGGAGCGUGGACCGUGCAGUUGGACGCGCCAAGUAAGACCACAAACAACUUCGGCACCAAGCUCUAUCACAUGGACGGCAUUUCACAACCAGAUGCUUCAGCCCGAGAAUUGGGCCUCUGUCGUGAUGUCCUAG